AUGCAGCUGUUACCCAGUUGGAAUGGGUCCGAAUUUACAGCUGGAGUCCAGCUGGAAAUUAUAGCUGUUUCCAGCCGGGAUUUUAAACUGGGCGGAACCGUGAAGUUCCCAUCGUCCCAUUGUAUGGUAUGGUACGAUGGCGAGGACGAGCAUGGCGCCUCGCGUUUGUCUGUGGAAAGAGUCCAACAGGAGCUUCAGGAAUGCAAGAGAUUCCUGGAGAAAUGUCCCAGCAAUAGUUUCCUAACUCCUGAAGCCCUGACCUGGGUUAGGAAGUUUCACACAACUGUCACAGCUUUCAACAAUGGCCCUUAUCCCAACCCAAAUCGCAAGCCAGAUAAGAAUGACGAAGAUGAUGACAACAAGAUAUCUGCACUUCUUGCAAAGGCCCUCCUCUGGAUGUUGACUGCUUACCUCUUCAUUGUGGCAUUUUCACUGCUCUUCCCAUCAACAAAUAACCCAGAGAAUGUGAGGUAUGUCUCAUGGAAUGAGUUUGUACAUCACAUGCUGGCAAGAGGAGAGGUAGAGGAGAUCAUUGUGAGGCCCGAUACGGAAAUAGUCACCAUCAUUCUUCAUGAAGGAGCUGUGGUCAAGGGCAAGAAGGUUGAUCAGAGAACGUACCACAUGAACAUCAUUAACAUACAGACUUUUGAGGAAAAACUACGAGAAGCUGAGAUGAAACUAGGAAUUCGACCAGAAAUGGGAGUGCCCAUAGUUUAUGAAAGAACUUCAGAUGCAGCUGGGAAGCUGCUCACUUCCCUCAUCAUUGUGAUCAUUCUCCUCUCACUUCUUUCAAGGUCAAGUCUCAGCAUACGACCACCACUUCCCACUGACAUGUUUAGUCAACUGGGGAGGGCCAAGUUUACUAUAAUAGACCCAUUGGCUGGUGGAAGCAGAGGAGUGAAAUUCGCUGAUGUGGCUGGACUCAAAGAGGUUAAGCAAGAGGUCAUGGAAUUUGUUGACUAUCUAAGAAGACCAGACUUUUACAAGACUCUAGGUGCAAAGGUUCCCAGGGGAGCAAUAUUGCUGGGCCCACCUGGCUGUGGUAAGACAAUGCUAGCGAAAGCAGUUGCAUCAGAGGCCAAUGUGCCUUUCUUGGCUAUGAAUGGAUCAGAAUUUAUUGAAAUGAUUGGAGGACUGGGAGCUGCCAGGGUCAGGGACCUCUUCAAGGAAGCACGAAAGCGAUCACCAUGCAUCAUCUACAUUGAUGAAAUAGAUGCAAUCGGAAGGAAGAGAAGUACUGUUGGGGGACCAUUUGAUGGGAGCUCUGGAGAGAGUGACCAGACCCUCAAUCAGCUUCUGGUUGAAAUGGAUGGCAUGUCUUCCAAGGAAGGGGUCCUCAUGCUCGCAUCCACCAAUCGACAGGAUGCUCUUAUGAGACCAGGGAGAUUUGACAGACAAAUCAUCAUCGAACUUCCAACUCUGGAGGAGAGAAAGGAAAUUUUUGAACAGCAUUUGAAGGGAAUUACUCUUGAACAUGAGCCAAGGGUCUAUUCUCAAAGAAUGGCAUCUCUCACUCCUGGAUUCAGUGGAGCUGACAUUGCAAAUGUUUGUAAUGAAGCCGCUUUACACGCAGCACGGGAUAAGCAUACCAAGGUAGUUGCUGAUGAUCUGGAAUAUGCAGUUGAGAGAGUAGUUGGUGGAACAGAAAAAAGAUCAAGUGUGAUGUCUCCAGGUGAAAAACGUGUUGUGGCUUACCAUGAAUCAGGUCAUGCUCUGGUAGGUUGGCUCCUUGAGCAUACAGAUGCUCUUCUCAAAGUCACCAUUGUACCAAGGACCAGUCACACCCUGGGGUUUGCUCAAUACACACCCACUGAGCAGCGUCUGUUUUCUGAUGAAGAAUUGUUUGAGAGGAUGUGCAUGGCUCUGGGUGGACGUGUGGCAGAAUCCCUCACUUUCAACAGAGUCUCCACUGGUGCCCAAGACGACCUGAAGAAAAUCACUCAGAUGGCAUAUUCCCAAAUUCGAUCUUAUGGCCUCAAUCAGAGGGUUGGACCCCUUUCAUACCCCGAGACGGAAGAGAAAGGGGUUGGAAGGCGUCCAUACAGCAAGAAACUUGCAGCUGUGAUCGAUGAGGAAGCCAGGUUCCUGGUUGCUCGUGCUUACAAGAAAACCGAGGCUAUCCUGCUGGAGAACAAGGAGAAGCUAGAGAAGGUCUGCAUUGCAAAAAAGGUUGCAGAGGCACUGCUCACUCGAGAAGUUCUCAACUAUCAGGACAUGGAGGAGCUCAUCGGACCUCCAAGUUACCCGAAGAAACGCCUGGUGGAGUCUGUCCAAUUCGAGCUGGAGUUGCAAGAGCAGGGUCAGGCUGACCAAGAACCCAAAAGAGAAAGUAGGAGCCCUGACAGAGGGGGAGACUCCAGUUUUCUCAUUGAGGUGAUAAAACGAAGCCACUCGUGA